AUGAGUUCUGUUUUUCUUGAGAAUUGUGUAAUCAGUACUCGCGUUGGUGUAUGCUGUUUCGGAGGAGUGUACUCAGGCACAUACAACGGCACACAAGUUGCCUUCAAAGAACUUCGCAAAAUGGCAGCAGACUCUGCAAAGCUUCCUAAGUUGUCAGCCCUUGUCCCAAAAGUGCAACAAAUCAUCCAUCCAAAUGUCGUACAAUUAUAUGGUCUAUACAUACACGAUAAUAGCGUUUACACGGUCUACAAACGAUAUGACGGACCUCUUGAAAAGUUAUUCCGCAAUGGAAAGUCCUCCAAUUAUGGACUUAAAGAGCGAACACAUUUUAUUAUUGAUGUUGCAACAGGAAUGGAGUACAUCACAUCUGCACAAUCCGGAGAUGGGACUUUAUCACUAAGAAAUCUUGGAUACACGAAAGACAGUAACUCUGUAAUAACAGUCAUCAUUGGCGGUCUUGACGUGUCGUACUUUGGUAAAGUCUACGACACAAGUCUUGUUCGAUCUUUUGCACGUAAAUGGACUUCUCCUGAAGUCGCGAAAGAGGGAGACAACCACUUGAAGUAUAACGAAAAGAGUGACGUCUGGUCGUUUGGUGUGACGGCGUGGGAAAUAUUAAAUGGCGGGAGAGUCCCGUUUGAGAACGUUUCAACAGGUGACAUUCUUAAAAAAGUCGAAGAAGGCUUACGACUUGAAGAGCCAAAAAUUACACAACUUUUUAAGGAAAACGGAGGCGAAAAAUUGUGGAAUAUCAUCGCGAUGUGCUUUGAAACAGAUCCUGAAAAAAGACCAACUUUCACUCAAAUUAAAGAACAACUUCAAAAUGUCUACAAUGAGAUGAAAGAAGACACAAAAGAAGACUUGAAAAAUAUUAAAGAGGCUGAAAAGGUUGAUGAAGACGACGAAGAAGAAGAAGAAAACAAUUAUUAA